AUGCGCGACUUCUUGCCUAUUGGGUCGGGCGGAAGAGUCGGUGCCACUGCAACCAAAUCCCUGCAGAAGUCAUUCACAACUUUCAAGUAUUCUUUCACUUCAGUGCUUAGCGUAAAGUCUUUAGAACCCAAUCCUGACGCACACGUCCUGUCCCUAAAGAUUAAUAACUGUGUCGGAGAACUCAAUCAGAAAUACUUCAUUCAAUUCCUUAUAUACACAGGGACGGCUUGUACUUAUGUAAUCAUUUCAAUUAUUGUGGCGUUCCUUAGAUCCAAACUGGAUUCACACCAAAGAAUGAUACACACGAGUGUAUUACUCAUUGAAGCCCUGCUAUUCGGUCUGUUUGUGGUGGCAGUGCUCACGGAUCAGUUUCAGGCCAUUUGUGCCAAUGAGACCGCGAUUGAUAGGUAUUUGACUCAACACUCAUCCAAAGCAAACAAAACCCAAAAUAAGACUAAACUCAAGUCCAAGAAAUUAAUGGCAGAGGUGUGCGGAAAGGGACCUAUGAUUUGGUGGCUCUUUCCAUGCGAUCUUAAUCAACGAUACAAUAAAACAGACAAUAAUUCACAUUUCGUUGUAUAA